AUUCAAUAUAGAAUAAUACGGAGUAUUUCUCUAUCAUUUUCUACAUGGUAUUGGUGCAAGUUUUCAAUUGAGACCUUCUUUCACUCCUCGUAGGCAUACAUACUUCCUUCCAUGCCUACCGAUAUUGUGAUUUUUUUUUUCUCCCUAAAUACUCGCUAAGCAUGCUUUGUUGCUCCGUUGGCCGGGGUAUAGACCGUCAAGAUAACCUCUGCCACUCCAGCACUCGGUAAAGUCUUGCUCGUUCUGCGAAUUGUAACUAGUUCGCCGCAUGGAUCUUUUGUCUAAAGCGUACUCUUGUGCUCUGGACGAAGACGAGGAUGGCCAUCCCGGAGCUGGACGCACCACGAAUGGAUGGAAUCGUCCUCAGAAGCGGGCCAGACCCGACCCAUCCAUGGAUCCCGGCUUAAAACCCUUGCAGGUGUUUCACCCUAAUGUAAGUCCGAAUUCGCCCUCUGUGGAUGGUCCGAUUCCGGGCAGGUACAUCUCUAAGCGAGAGAGAAGCGCAUUGGCUUCAUCUUCAUUGGGUUCCAUUCCCAACCAAUCUCCCUCUCCCGUUUCUCCAGCUUUGGGACCUAUUUCCAUUUCCGAUCUUCCUCAAAACAUUUUAUCAGCAUUGAGGCAUCAUUCGAACAUAGAUAAGAGCUCUUGUCAAGUGCCAGAGAGACUGUCCAUAGCGCUUGAUGGGCACACAAGAUCUGUUAAUGCAGUACAAUGGUCAAAAAAUCAUCCUCACCUUCUUGCAUCUGCUGGAAUGGAUCAAACUGUCUGCAUAUGGAGUGUUUGGAGUAGAGAUAGUAAGAAAGUGCGCAUAUUCAAUCAUCACGCUGCUGCUGUAAAAGAUGUGAAGUGGUCAAAUAAUGGGCACUCUGUGCUCUCGUGCGGAUAUGACUGCUCAUCGCGGCUAAUAGAUGUUGAAAAGGGAGUUGAGAGUCAGGUAUUCAAGGAGGACCAAGUUGUUGGAGUGGUGAAAUUUCAUCCGCACAAUUUCAACCUCUUUAUCUCUGGAGGAUCUAGAGGCGGCCUUAAAUUGUGGGAUGUUAGGACCGGAAAGGUUGUCCAUCAAUAUAAACGGAAUCUUGGUCCAAUUCUUGAUGUGGAAUUCACCGGUGAUGCCAAACAGUUGAUCUCCUCGAGCGAUGUUUCUGGAAGCAAUAUCAGCGAGAACUCAAUCAUUAUUUGGGACAUCUCUCGGGAAAUCCCCUUAUCUAACCAGGUCUAUUCUGAAGCCUAUACUUGCCCCUCUGUAAGAUGCCACCCAUCCGAUCCCUACUUCAUAGCACAAUCAAACGGAAACUACAUAGCGAUCUUCUCAACAACGCCUCCGUUCAGGCUGGACAAAUACAAGAGGUAUGAAAGCCAUAGUGUUUCCGGAUUCCCUAUCAAAUGCAAUUUCAACUCGAAUGGGAGUAUUGUCGUGUGUGGGUCCUCAGAUGGGCAUAUCUACUUCUACGACUCGAAAUCGUGUGUGCUAAAGAAGAAGCUCAAGGCGCACGGCCAAGCCUGCAUAGAUGUCGCAUUUCAUCCCAUGAUUCCAAAUGUUGUUGCUUCUUGUAGCUGGAAUGGAGAUGUCUUUGUUUUUGAGUGAGAUCCCACUUCUUUUCUCAGUCUUGGUUAACACAUCAGAGCUGGAAGAAUCUGGAAGAAGUUCUCAGUCACGGCCAAGCUUGCAUAUAUGCCUAAUACAGUAAUAGUGUAAUA